AUGUCGUUUCUAAAUACUUUGCUUGGGUUUCUGAAAAAAUUGGCCUUAUUUAUUUUGAUUGUGGCUAUUGCUAUUCCUUUCCGAUAUAGUUCAACAGAUCCAAAAUAUAUUUGUGUUCGUUUAAUACAUUCCAUAUUAUCUAUAAAGCACUCUCUGAUACCAGAUCGAGCUCGACCAACACUAAGUGCAAAUUAUCGAGCUUUUGAAGAAAUGCUGCGAAUGAUGCCAUUUCUAAAAUUUGAUACAUCAGCAGAUGCACUUACUGUAAUCAAAGAAAUGCGUGCUUCCUUCACCAUGAACUCCAUAAUUCCUAAACCAUCCCAAUGUCAAAUUAAUAAAGAAGUCUUUGAAUAUGAUGGACAUGCAGUUGAUGCAUAUUGGGUUAGUUAUCCUCCAAAAACCAUUCAAAAAGAUUCUGAUAAAAUAUUACUCUACAUCCAUAGUGGAGGGUAUCUGUUAGGCAAUAUUCAUAGUUUUAGCGGACUUGAAUGUCGUCUGUCUGAACUUUUCAACCUAACUAUACUUCAUGUGGAAUAUCGGCUUUGUCCCGAGCAUCCAUUACCUGCAGCUGUGGAUGACACAGUUGCAAUUUAUCGUGCUCUUCUCCGCCAGAACAUUUCACCAUCUCAACUGAUGAUUAUGGGCGACUCAGCUGGUGGCGGUCUUGCUUUGUUAGCUGUUCAAGCUCUAAUCAAUCAUCAAUUACCUGUUCCCCGUGGUGUUAUUGUUCUAUCGCCGUUCACUGAUCUUUCAAUGUCUGGUGAGAGUUAUACACGCAAUCGUCAUACUGAUAUAUCACCUCAAUUCGAUAAAAAUUGGUAUAUGGCACGAUUAUUGGGCUUCAAUCGUGUUCAAUUAUCUCUUGAUGAUCCCCGAUUUAGUCCUUUGUUUGGUUCAUUUGAGGGGUUUCCAGCAUUGUAUAUCAAUGUGGGUACGGCAGAAAAAAUGGAAGAUGAUUCAAGACGAAUGUGGACAAAAGCUAAGGAAGCAGGUGUUAAUGUAAAAUUUGAAGAAGGUUUACAUAUGACACAUAUAUAUCCUAUGUUUUUUCUUUAUUAUCGUGAAGCACAACAUACACUUGAUAAUAUUAACAAAUGGAUUCAAACGAUCUAA